GCGGCCCAUGGAAGAAGAUGCGUGCCCUGGCGCCUAUAUGUUGGGGUCCCCCGCAGGGACAUGCUAUCACUGCCAUUAUCUAUGGAGAUAACAUCAUUCGACUCGUAUCACGACUACCUUGCAGCAUUCGACCCACCCUCUGAGUGAACAUGUCGGUCAGCGAUAGCACAUCCUCCUACAAGGCGGUCAUCUAUGCAGACCCGCCCUCCACCAAGACUGAAGUCGUGGAUCUCGACAUCCCUGAACCCGAUGUUGGCCAGGUCCUUGUACGGCUACACUACUCUGGCGUUUGUCAUACAGACUACAGCUUUUGCACCAAUGGCUUUGUUGGAGCACCGCCUACGAUGAAAGGGCAAAUCGGCGGGCACGAAGGCAUCGGCGAAGUAGUCAAGCUUGGCCCUGGAGUAGUGCUUCCAGCUGUCGGCACAAGAGUCGGCAUCAAGUACGCGGCUGAUGCCUGCCUCAACUGUGAACCCUGCCUCCUCGGGGGCGAGACUUCAUGCACCCAGGUCAAGAUCUCGGGCUUCUACACCCCCGGCACGUUCCAGCAGUACUGCCUGACGAGCGCAAAGUACGCCACCGUCAUCCCAGAUGGGUUGCCCUCCGAUGCCGCCGCGCCACUCAUGUGCGCCGGCAUCACCGUCUACUCGGCCCUGACCCGCGGCGGCGUCAAGCCCGGCGACUGGGUCCUCGUCACCGGCGCGGGCGGCGGCCUCGGCCACCUGGGCGUGCAGUACGCCCGGGCUCUGGGCGCGCGCGUGCUCGCCGUCGACCACGGGUCCAAGGAGGACCUGUGCCGCUCCCUCGGCGCCGACGAGUUUGUCGACUUCUCCCAGUUCCCCGCCAACGAGCCGCCGGGGGAGAGCCAGAUGGCGGCUCGCAUCCGGGAGCUCACCGCGGGGGGCGUCAAGAUUGCGCUCAUGUGCUCGUCAAACAGCGGGACUUACGAGCAGGCCGUCUACUGGCUCCGCUUCAGGGGCACCAUUGUCUGCGUUGGCGUUCCGGACAACGCGGCCGUCAUGGCGGGCAGUCCGAUGAUGUUUCUGGAGAAGGAGCUUCGAAUGAUUGGAGUCAAGACCGCGAAUCGCCAAGAGGCUGUCGAGACACUGGCCCUGGCAGCCAAGGGCGCCAUCAAGACGCACUUUGAAGUCCGGCCGAUGGGAGAGCUCACACAGAUUUUCGAGGAAAUGGAGAAAGGCAUGCUUCGUGGCCGUGUUGUUCUGGACUUGCGGUAAACUCAAAUCAGAUCUGGGGACGAUUCUUGACCGGUCAAGCAAGGGGCUUGUAGAUAUGGUGUAUAUUGAUACGAGCUUCUUCCCGCAUUCAUGAGCGAUGUUGGCUGGGGAUGUGUAGCUGGCACUUCGUGGCGGAUAGCGAGCGUACUAGAGCAGGAUGAGAUCGAAUGACCUGAGCAACAUUGGGCACUCGAGAAACGUACUCCUGAUCAAGCCUGUGCUCAAUCUCGUGAUUGGAGACCGAGCUGAAUAUUCUAGACUGAGCGAGGUGCAACAGAACUCCAGCUC